AUGACUACCACAAACUCAGAAUUAUAUAAAAGUUGUGUUUUUGAAAUAAACUCUAUUGUUCAUCAAUUAGAUGCUUUAAUUGAUGUAACAAAAGAAUAUGGUGAAUAUUAUCAAGGAAGAGGUACUUUAGAAAUAGAGUAUGGAAAGAAAUUAUUAGGAUUAAUUACAUAUGUUAACACUCCAUCAUUUGGUAAAGAAGAUUCAAAAAAAUUUCUUCAAACUGGAAUGAAAAGUUAUUUUGAACUUUUAGACACCUCUAACACUAAAAGAGUUGAAGAAAAAUAUAGUGUAGGAAAAAAACUCCUUGAAGAAGUUGCUACUCCAUUGUUUUCUCUUGCUAAAGAAAUUGAUACUCAAAAAAAGAAAAUUGUCAAUGAAGCAGUUAGAAAAGUCAAAAUAUAUGAAGAUGUUGCUUCCUUUGCUUUAAGGUGUGAAGGUCAUUAUCUAAAUGUGCUCAAAGACAUGAAAGACCUUACUAAGAAAAUUAAUGAAACAAAUGACUCAAAAUCAAUUCCUAAAUACAAUAAAAUGAAUCAACAAUAUUCUAUUGUUAAAAAAGAUUAUGAAAAUUCAGUUAAUAAAGCAUCUGAAUGUUAUGAUUUAUUAUAUGGUCAAGAAAUGGUUGAAACAGUGAGACAAUGUUAUGAAUUAAUGACAUAUCAUAAUGAUGAAAUCAUAAAUAUCUUUAAACAUGCUCAUCAAAUAUAUUUAAGUAUUGGAAUUAAUGAAACAGAAUUUAAUUCAGUGAUGUCAGAUGGAAUAAAGACAUUAGACAAUAAGACAGAUGUAAAAGAAUUCUUUGAAAGCAUUAUUGGUCAUAAUGAGAAAUCAAAAGUCAUAUUAAAAACAGAAGAGUUAGCUCCUUUACAAGUUGAAGCACCGAAAGAACCACAAAAGAAGUGGGGGUUUGGGUCGAUUAAAUCGUCCAUUGUUAGUGGAGUGUCAUCACUAACUACAAUGGUAAACGAGUCAAUACAAAACCCAUCCACUGGACCAAGUGCAAGCUGGACUAAUCCUGUAUUAACAACUCCAAUAUAUUCAUUUGGCAAAAAGAAAGAGUCAAAGAAGGAAACUCAUGACUCAAAAGAAGAAAUUAAGGAAGAAGUUACUGACAUAAAAAAACAAAAUGAAGUGACUCAAGAAGAAAAACAAAAACAAGACAAUCAAGAAGAAGGAAAUAUAGUUGUUGUUGAAAAAGAAAUUAAAGUUGAGGGUGAAGUUGUAGCUGAAAUGGUUUCAAAUGAAGUACCUCAAAUAGUUGAAGUGAAAGAAAUAAAAAAUGAAACAAUAAUUCCUGUUAAAGAAGAAAAGAAAGAUGAGGUUGUUUUAGGAAGUACAAGUAUUAUGGAAGAUAUACUAACAAAAGAAGAGAGUGAGGAUAGUGAACUUGUUGUUGUACCAGCAACAGAUAAUGAAUCAAGUAAAGAAGAAGACGAUGAUGAUGAGGAAGUAGAGGAAGAAGAAGAACCAACAAAUACUUUCAUUUAA